UGGAAAUUUUUUAUUUCUAAAUAGCACUAUGUAUACAUAUUAAAAUAGUUUGUAGCAGUUCAAGAUAAUUCUAUAGCGGUUCUACAUAUUUCUUGAUAGAUCAAUAUUCACGUUAAUAUGUAGUCAACAGUUUAAUACAGCGUAAGACGAAUCCAAUUCAAUUUAUCACAGUCGAUAUUGCUACGGGAAGUUAAAUUUAACUUAAGUUAUAUCUUUUGCCGUUAAAUUUAAUAAGAUCUGUUUACAGUAUUAUUACGAGCAAGCCACGUGCACGUAUUCAGGGAUGUAACGUUUGUUCUAAGAUUAUUUGUAUAAGGAAGGAAAAAUUAAUAUGUAAAACUAGCUUAGAAAAAUCAUAAGAGAAGAAAAUAAAAGUUUUUUUUACAAAUACAAAUUAGUAUUUUAAGAUAGCAAAGAGAUACGAAAAGAUUUCUGUUUUAUAGGAUGUGUUAUUUAAUCAAUACGUUUUGAACACAGUGUUCAUAGUGUAAACACUCAUGCAUUGGUAAAGGUAGAAAAACAUAAUGCUAUUUUCCUAUAACAUAUUUAUCUAUUAUUAAAAUGCAGUUCCUACUUAUUAGAAACAAACUUAAACAUUUUAAGAAGUAUAUAUUUUUUUAAAAUAUAGAAGAAGAUGUAGCGGAUACGGCAUUGGCUCUACAAUUCCGAUAAUAUCAUGUUAAUGACGUUUUUACUCACGAAUUACUAAUUGCUAAUAAACGACUUUAUUACAUACAAUCUAUGUACACUUCGUCAUCCAUCGUAUUUAAGACGAGAAUUUGCGUCGACAGUUUUUAUUCGAAAAAAGUACUAAUACGGCGAGUGUAAUCAGAACUGCAAUAUGUAUAGAAAAUUCGCAACCGCAUUAUUUGUUAUCGUUUUAUUUAAGAAUUCCACACCGCGAAAAAGUGAAGAAAAAUGUAAGGAAUACGCUGCUUUAGUUUAUGAAAGCGAGGAUUCACCAAUUUUGCGUAUUAAUGCCGGCUCGAAUAAAGUUUCUCGUUGCACGAUUGUUGAAACGCCUUUAAUAGUCGGCGGAGUUCCAGUAAAGCCCGUGGAAUUUCCACACAUGACGGUAAUCGGUUACGGUAAGGAAGGUGAUAUAUCCUGGCAAUGCGGAGGAAGUAUUAUCUCCGAGAAUUUUAUUUUGACAGCAGCACAUUGUAUGGAAUCGCCAGACAAAGGCCCCGCUGCCAAAGUGCGAGUUGGCUUGAUCGAUUUAUCAACGCCGGAUGAUGUUAUGCAAGAGAGGGACAUUGUGGAAAGAAUUAAACAUCCAGACUACAAAUCUUCCAUUAGGUACCAUGAUAUAGCUUUAUUGAGACUUGAUCGAUCGUUGGAAUUGAAUUCUCGAGUACGACCCGCAUGUCUCGAAGUAAAUUCACAAAUUCCUGGCAAAAGUGCCAUUGCUUCUGGAUUUGGAAAAACUUCUUAUGAAUCUACCAUUGGCAGCAACGAAUUAAUGAAAGUCCAGUUAAAUUAUAUUUCUGAAGAUGAUUGUAAAAAGAGUUAUGCUGAUGAUAUCGGUAUUAAGGGAAUAAUGCCUCAAGGCUUGAUACCAAAUUUACUUUGUGCUGGCAUAAUGGAAGGUGGUAAAGAUACUUGCCAGGGUGACAGCGGUGGUCCAUUGCAAAGGAUUCUCACAGAACCAUAUUGCAUGUAUAGCAUCGUGGGUGUGACAAGUUUUGGAAAAUUUUGCGCUUUUAAAUCUAUGCCCGCGAUAUACACCAGAGUUAGUUCUUAUCUUGACUGGAUUGAGAAUAUAGUCUGGUCGUGAAUAAAAAUAUAUGUACAUUAGUAUGUGUGCCAAAUUCUAAUUUUAAUUUCUAACAAGUUCAAAGAAUUA